AUGGGUACCGGCAUCGGCUGGACAAUCGCACUCGGCACCACCACUGCUGUCGCCGUUGCCUUGGCCAUCGCAGCCCGCCCUCGAGAUCCCACUUUCUCUCUCCACUCAAUUUCGCUCUCCUCUCUCCACCUUCGCUUCCCCACCCCUCCCAUCCCAGUCCUCGACGUUGAAUUCACCCUCUCCAUCUCCCUCACCAACCCCAACCUCAACUUCGCCCCCAUCUCGUAUUGGCCAUCCUCAAUAUGCAUAUAUUAUGAUGAUACCCUUUUAGGCCAAGCCAAGGUCGAGGCAUGCUCACAAUCGGCUCGAUCGGUACGAACCCUUCGGCUAAUGGCCUCGCUCGACGGCCUCAAGCUCACCCAUCACUUGGCUAGGCUCAUGUGGGGCGUCAUUAGGAGAGAGAUGGAGUCAAAGGCAGUGGUUAAAAUCGAAGGCAAGGCUAAAUUGCUUAUAUGGGAGCACCCAUUUGUUAUGUAUGUGGAGAGCAAUGUUGUGGUGGACCCUCUCUUUCUCGAUGUGCUUGAUCAGGAGACCAAGUCCAGGCUACACCUUUCUUUCUCUACAAACAAUGAGAAGGAGAACAAGAAUAAGAAUGUGAAGUGA